AUGAAUUUUAUACAUUAACUUACCCUUACCCUAAACCCCUCUGAUUUCAAGGUUUUCACCCUAACCUUAAAAAACCCAACUCUUUCAAAUAUCGGAUUUUUUGAUCAUUUGGAAAUUCCUGAACUUUUGGAUGCAUUUGAGUUGAAAGCUGUAUUGUUAAGAGAGUUGAACAUGAUGAAGAUAGAUGAAAGAGUUCAUUCAUAAGUAGAUCAACAAUAAAAUUGCUCUCUAAAUUUUGAUCACAAUUGCAACGACUAUUUUCCUCAAACUUCUAUUUUGGCUUAAAAAGAUGCUCAGUCACUUGUUCACACACAAACUGACUUUACUCUGCUGGAAAUCUCCCAUUUAUUGAUAGAGAGCGAGCAAGGAUUAGUGAUUACAGGCGUAGUGCCUUAUGAAAUGUCGCAACUUAUGCAAAGUCUGAACAAUGCGCUUUGCUGUGAGAUUAGGAGGAAAUUUGAAGAUCCCUUUAUUCUUAUGACUCAAGAACAAAAAACUCAAUUUAUGGAAAGUCUCUUCUAAGAAAUCGUCGACAGCUUUAAUUAUCAGGAACUUAAUAUUGAAUAACUAAGUGAUCCUGUUUUGAGAGGUUAAACUUAGAAAUAAAGUGGGGAUGGUAAUUAGAACGGAAAUUUGUUGGAGAUAAUGCUCAGAGGAUAUUAUUUCGAGUUAUUUAAAAAUACUGGUCAAUGGUUAUUUAACAUGGAAAUUAACAAUGAUAAAUACUUCGUACUACCAAACUUUAAUCCAUGCAUAAUUGAAGGCUAAGAUACAUUUGAUGAGAUUCCCUCAAUUCACCCAGAUACCUCUAGAGUCAAAAUUAUGAAUCUCUUUACAUAGGAGAUCGAGUUAAGAGAUAUGGGAGAAAUAGUAAUAAAUAAACCUUUUGAGAUUCCUCAAUAAGGUAUAUCAGUUGCACUUCUCAGCUAUAAUAUGAUCAAUGAUGUGCUUCAAAAAGGAGGGCUUGAAACUAAAGUAUAGCUACUUAGAUAUGAAUUAUCUGGCUAAAAUGAGCAAGUGACAAAGAGUAUUGCUUAGUUUAGCAACAAAUUUGAUCUAGAUAAUUUAACAUCAUAAGUUAAGAUACACUAGCAAGAGAAUCACUAUCGAAAUAUUAAUUCCAUAAACUAUUAAGAUCUAGGCAUUAAUAAAAAGGAUAUCAGCACAAGUGAGGAUUCUGAUGACUCAUACUAUGAGACUACUAACAAACUACUUAAAGUUAUUAAAUCCCAAGAUGCAUAAAAAAUCAAUUAGCUUAAUGAUAUGCUCAAGUUUAUCUAGGACAAUCAAGACUAAUAAAUGUUUAUGAUUAAAAAUUUGCUUGAUACUAAAGCUAUGAUGGCAAGGCUUAGAACAGAUAGAGAACUGAGAAACCUCUAACUUAAACUAAAUUAAUUUAUAACAAACAUUCAGAGAGAGGCUAGAUCUACUUAAUCUCUUAACAAUCUCCUGCAUUCGAACAGCAAAAGUUAGCAGAAAUGUCCUAAUUCUAUAUAGAACUCUGUUAAAAAGACUAUUAUGAAACCGAUUAACUAUGAUUUGUCAGAGACUAUUAAAAAAGAUAAGGACAAGAUUGAAGCUGACUACUUUAAAUCUGAUCCACCUAUGUAGAUCAUUAGGAAAAGAGAAUAGCACAUAAAAAGAACGCUUGAGUGGGCUAAUAAAGAGCAUAACAUAUCAAUGAGUUAAAGUUAGAUUAUGGAAGAUUAAAACAUGGAAGACCUUAGUUGUAUAAGCUAAGAUAGGUUAGAUGAAAAUAAGAAGAAGAGAGUAUCUUUGAUAAACUCUUAAAUGAGUUAGUCUUUUAUAUAACGAGGUGAGUUUCAUAGAAAAAGUGAAGACUUUAGCUUUAUGAGGAAAAAAGUGAGAGUAAAUGUGAUCGAGAGUGAUAUCGUAGAGUAUGAACUAGACGAGGACGAAAAGAGAAUGAAACAGUAAAAUAGCAAGAAAUAUUUAUGA